AUGGACGAACAAUUUCAUAUACCCCAAGUUGCGCGAUACUGCGCGUGGGAUUUCUCAUGGGACCCCAAGAUCACGACACCCCCGGGUCUCUAUGUCUUGACGUACAUCCAGUACAUUCUUACCAGGCUCGUUGGCAUCCGUGCAUGGUGCUCGGACCCCGCAUUCGCACGGAGCACCAACACGCUGCUUGGACCGCUGCUCGUGCAGGCGGCAUGUUCUUUCCUUGUCGUGCGCACGUCGCGCUCCAUCCUCUACGUUGUGCUUCUCGGCACGACAUGUGCGAUGCUACCGCCCCUCUAUUUCUUCUAUUACUUAUACUAUACAGACGUGCUGAGCGUCGCUUUUGUGUUAUGGGCGCUCGUCUUAAGCGACGCUUCCUACCACGGCACCGCGGCCUUUUUUGGUCUCCUCUCGCUAGUUUUCCGGCAAACUAAUAUUGUCUGGAUCAUGUUCAUGCUCGGCGCCGCACUCCUGCAACCCUUGGAGCAGGGGUCCUCGAGCAAAGCAGUUUUCGCGCGCCUUCAAGACCCUGCAGUGCUGCGGCGCAUGUGCAAAAUCGCGCUUCCUUAUAUCCCUGCCCUGCUUUUUUUUCUCGCAUUUUUAGUAUGGAAUCGCGGCCAAGUCGUGCUGGGCGACCAGAGUAACCACAGCUUUUCAUUGCACCUUCCGCAGCUUGGCUACUUUUUUGCAUUUGCGCUGUUUUUUGGAUGGCCACUGCUCGCGUUUCUCCUGAUUGCGAGGCGAGUACGAAUUGGUACGGCGCAUCUCGUCUGGAUAGCCGUGCUUACUAUGCUUGGGGUGCUCGCCGUGUACAAGUACACGGUGGUACAUCCAUUUAUGCUGGCCGAUAACCGGCAUUAUAUGUUUUACGUCUGGCGUCGCAUCCUGAAUGCACAUCCACUCGCACGCUAUGCGCUGACUCCGCUAUACGCAACAAGUGCUGUGCUCUGGACAAGCGCAUUGGCCCAUGCGCGCAGUGUGUUAUGGGUCCUGGGCUUGCUCGUCGCGACAAGUCUCGCGCUGGUGCCAACGCCUUUGAUCGAGCCGCGCUAUUAUGUGCUCCCAUUCAUGCUAAUGUGGCUCACCGUUUCAGGCACGUUGCGCGCGCGACGACUAGCAAUGGUCCUCGUCCAGGCAGCAUGGUUUGUAUGCAUCAAUGCAAGUACGAUCUAUCUAUUCCUCUCUUAUCCAUUCACAUGGCCGCACGAGCCAGGCAUGCAGCGAUUUAUGUGGUAA